UCGAUGCCUUCGGUGAUUCCCGCGAUAUGAGUUUAUGUUUGUGGGAAUUACAUAGUUCUAUUUAAGUUUAAAUUUGAAUACAGUAUCGAAUUACAAAUCAUUUGAUUAUACAUUACCACGAAGUUAAGUUCAAAAGAAAAAAACUGGAAAUGAAUUAUUUUAUCAUUUUCUUUGUGAUUUUGACUGCGGCAUUGUGUCCUACAUUAUCUUUGGAAAUAAAAAAUGGGACCCUUCGUAUUGAGUUAAUACGACAAAAAACUACUAGAGAAGAGCAUCUCAAUGCUCCCAGUCUAAAAGAAUAUGGUGUAAAUUUUGACUGGUUCUAUAAGAAGCACCAUGGAGGCAACCGAACCAAUGACUCAAUUGCUCUAUACAGAUAUCUAGACAAUGAAUUUUAUGGAAAAGUCGUAAUAGGCCAUCCUGGCCAAACCUUAAAUGUUGCUUUUGACACAGCUUGGAGUCUUUCGUGGGUUCUCUCAUCCAAAUGCAAUGAAUGGAAGUCUAUUGGAUGUUGGCUUCACAACAGAUAUGAUCAUACGAAAUCUUCAGAAUAUAAAAAGGAUAACCGGCCCUAUGUAGCCAAUGAGGGCAAAUAUAAUCUCACAGGAUUUUACUCAUAUGAUAAUUUUUCUAUUGCUCACUCCAACGCUACAGCUCAGUCCUUUGUAGAAAUGGUCACAGUUCCAUGGACAUUUUUGUUCAACAAAAUUGAUGGAGUCCUAGGUCUUGGUAUGAAGACAGACUCAUACAAUCCAUUUUUCUAUACUCUACUGGCACAAAAGAAAAUUCAAAAUCCUAUUUUCUCGAUAUACCUUAACAGAGAUCGACAAUCAAAUAAAGGCGGAAAUAUUUUGUUAGGAUUUGUCGAACCAAAACAUAUCCAUGUAACAAAUAAAGUUCCUGACCCUAUUACAUAUUUGGCAGUGGAUGCUGGUCAGUACUGGAAAUUUACUAUGGACAGGGUUGAAAUAGUGUAUAGUUCCAAAUCAAAUUAUACACUGUGUCCAAAUGGUUGCAAAGUUAUAGCCGAUACAAGUACCAACACAAUUGUUGGACCACAGGCAGAUAUCGAUAAAAUUCACGAUGACAUAAAGGCUAAAAAUAUAUUCCUCAACAGAUACAGUGUGGACUGUGAAACUGUUAAUAAAUUGCCUAAAAUUGAUUUUAUCCUGGGUGGACAACCUUUCCGACUAGAGGGUUCUGAGUAUAUUAUUAAGAUGUCUUACAUGUCAUUUACUGUAUGCUUGUCUUCCUUCGUACCAACUGCAACUCCGUCAGAGACAGGAUUGUGGGUUUUGGGAGGAGCCUUCUUGUCUGAAUACUACAGCAUCUAUGAUGUUUUCAACAAAAAGAUAGGAUUUGUUAAAGCUGCUUAGUAUUUUGCUCUCUGUAUCUCACGAAUGCUUAAAAGAUUCAAAUGGUGAAAUUUGUAGUAAUAAGUAAAAUAUAUUUUUAAUUUGAACAAAUAUUAGCGUUGACAUAAUUUGUUUUGAUCAAUGAUUUUUUAUUUUGCAGUGUGCCAUAAUA